UAGAAAGGAAGAGAAUUUGAAAAUGAAAAUUUUAAAAAUUAAAAAAGAAGAGAUGAGAUAACAUCUAAUGAAAUCUUUACCUGGGGUAUUUUACUCAUUCAUUUCAAUAUAUGUGUGUGUGUGUGUGUGUGUGUAUGUGUGUAUGUAUACAUAUAAUUUUAUUUUCAAGAUAAUUGGUUUCCUUUGUAACCCUAAAUUUUUUUUAAUGCAUUUAUGCAUUAUUUUUAGACAGGGUCCAUCAAUUUCAUCAGACUUAGAAAAACUGCCUAAGAGGUCCAGGACACAGAAAAGAGACCUCGAGAAGAAGAAGAAGAUGCAUCAGGGGGCCUGUCAGAGGAUGAGGAUUAUGUACCUUAUGUACCUGUUAAACAGAGAAAGCAGCAAAUGCUACAAAAGUUGCUGCAGAUGCGGCGGAAGGGAGCUGCUGAGGAGGAGCAGAAAGAUAGUGGCAGUGAGCCCCGAGGAGAUGAAGAUGACAUUCCACUGGGCCCCCAGUCCAAUGUCAGCCUUCUUGACCAGCACCAGCACCUGAAGGAGAAGGCGGAAGCCCGGAAGGAGUCUGCUAAGGAGAAGCAGCUGAAAGAGGAAGAAAAGAUCUUGGAGAGUGUGGCAGAAGGCCGAGCUCUCAUGUCGGUGAAAGAGAUGGCAAAAGGAAUCACCUAUGAUGAUCCCAUCAAAACCAGCUGGAAAGCUCCUCGGUACGUGCUGAGCAUGUCUGAAGCCAGGCAUGAUCGUGUUCGCAAGAAAUACCACAUCUUGGUAGAAGGAGAAGGGAUCCCGCCCCCCCUCAAAAGCUUCAAGGAAAUGAAGUUCCCUGCAGCCAUUCUGAGGGGCCUAAAGAAGAAGGGAAUUCACCACCCCACUCCCAUUCAGAUCCAGGGCAUCCCUACCAUCCUCUCUGGCCGUGACAUGAUUGGCAUUGCUUUCACUGGCUCUGGCAAGACAUUAGUGUUCACGCUGCCUGUCAUCAUGUUUUGCCUGGAACAGGAGAAAAGAUUACCGUUCUCUAAGAGGGAGGGGCCCUAUGGGCUCAUUAUUUGCCCUUCAAGAGAAUUGGCUCGUCAGACCCACGGAAUCCUGGAGUAUUACUGUCGGUUGCUGCAGGAAGACAGCUCCCCGCCCUUGCGCUGUGCCCUCUGCAUUGGGGGUAUGUCAGUCAAAGAGCAGAUGGAAACUAUCCGGCAUGGAGUGCACAUGAUGGUGGCCACCCCUGGGCGUCUCAUGGACCUCCUACAGAAGAAAAUGGUGAGUCUGGACAUCUGCCGCUACCUGGCUUUGGACGAAGCUGACCGAAUGAUCGACAUGGGCUUUGAGGGAGACAUCCGAACCAUCUUCUCCUACUUCAAGGGCCAGCGACAGACACUGCUCUUCAGUGCUACCAUGCCCAAAAAGAUCCAAAAUUUUGCUAAGAGUGCCUUGGUAAAGCCUGUCACCAUCAAUGUGGGCCGGGCAGGAGCUGCCAGUCUGGACGUCAUCCAGGAGGUGGAGUAUGUGAAGGAAGAGGCCAAGAUGGUGUACCUGCUGGAGUGUCUGCAAAAGACGCCCCCACCAGUCCUUAUUUUUGCAGAGAAGAAGGCAGAUGUGGAUGCCAUCCAUGAAUAUUUGCUUCUCAAGGGUGUGGAGGCUGUAGCCAUCCAUGGAGGCAAAGAUCAAGAAGAACGGACCAAAGCCAUUGAAGCAUUCCGGGAUGGCAAGAAAGACGUCUUAGUGGCUACUGAUGUUGCCUCCAAGGGCCUGGACUUUCCAGCCAUUCAGCAUGUCAUCAACUAUGAUAUGCCUGAGGAGAUUGAGAAUUAUGUACAUCGGAUUGGUCGAACUGGGCGCUCUGGGAACACAGGCAUCGCUACCACCUUUAUCAACAAGGCCUGUGACGAGUCAGUACUCAUGGAUCUCAAAGCCCUCCUUCUUGAAGCCAAGCAGAAGGUGCCUCCCGUGCUACAGGUUCUGCACUGUGGGGAUGAGUCCAUGUUGGACAUUGGAGGAGAGAGAGGCUGCACUUUCUGUGGGGGUCUGGGCCAUCGCAUCACUGACUGCCCCAAGCUGGAAGCCAUGCAGACCAAACAAGUCAGCAACAUUGGCCGAAAGGACUACCUGGCCCACAGCUCCAUGGACUUCUGAGCCCCCUGGCUGGACUGGAGCCAGAAGACCAGGUGCCCCCAGCCCUGUAAGGAGAGGCUACUUGGAUUCUCUGCCUGCCCUCAGUGGACUGCUGUCCUCCACCUUUUUAUCUUCUCCUUUUGGGGUGCCCCCUAUUAAAUUAGAAAUAUGGAGCUCCCAUGUCUAUAAUGUUUUAAGGGCUGCAAAGCACCUUUCUCAAAAUAACCCCAGAACAUUGGGAAGAAAUGUUAGCCCCAUUUUUCUAAGGGGGUAAACUGAGGCUUCAGUCUUUGCAGCUAGAAAUAUCGAAGCCAGGAUUUGAACCCAGAUUCCUGAUUUCAUACUGCAUCUUAACAAUGAAGAGAGUAUUCUGUUUACUCUGGCUCAAUCACUGGCCAUGCACAGAAGCCCUCUUCUCUCCUUGCCCAUUUCCUAUCCCUCAGCCUCACCUUUAUGCCCUGGAAAAAGAAGGCUGAGACAGAUACCAGUUUCAAUACUUGGACUGACCUGUUGUGCAACUCCUUAUUCUUCUACCCCUUAGGCUCCUUCUUGGUCAGGUUCACAUUUCCCAGAUGCACAUUUCCCAAGUUAUAGGAUGGCCCACUGUGUGGGUCUCUUCCUGGGCUUCUGCUUACCUAUUUCCCAGCUUCCUUUUCUGUUUACUAAACUCUGCUUUCUCCCCCAAGACCAUAACUAGUAGAUGGAACAAGCCCAGAAAGUUGUAAGGUUUCUCCUUUUAAGUGAUAUUUCCUGUCCAUUCUGUUAUAUCCUGUAGGAUAAAUGCUAUCAUACCUUCUGCCUCCCAAAUCCCUUUAUCCUCAUGAGGGAUGAAAAGUCUCAUGAGUUCCAAAAAAGGAGGGCCAGGUCCUGCUUGACACCCCCCACCCCUUUCUUGUAGCCUCCUAGGCCCAGUCUCCCUUUUUUAUUUUUUUAACUUUUAUUGAUAAUUCUUGUUUUUAUAUCUCUUAAAUUUUCCCCUAUGUUCUUCUGUUUCCCUUUUCCCAAAGAGCUCUCUCUCAUGACAAAUUUUUUUUUUUUAUAAAGAAAAAGAGAAAAAAAAAAA